AUGCUGGGAGUACCACUCACGAAGCUGCUGGGACGACGGGGUCUCUCCGAGACGCUGCUGCUGGCGCUGAACACCACCCAAACCCCCACGCUACGCUGGUCCACCCCGACCACCACCCGUGCAGCCGCCACCACGCCCACCGCCGCCACCACCACCGCCUCCACUCUGGCCUCCUCCACCACCAUUGCCGCCACCACCCCCGCCGCUGCCACCGACCCCCCCAGCCCCGCCACCACCCUCGCCACCGCCGCCACCCCCACCGCCCCUUCCGCCUCCACCUCCACCUCCACCCCCCCCCCCCCCCCCGCUGGCACCACCACCACCCUUGCCCCCUUUGCCCUUGCUGCCCUUGCGCCUCCAGCUAGGAGCAGACGCAGCCCCGACUUCCUCAGCACCAAGGAAGUCGACAGCGGCAGCAGAGGCAACCGAGGGGAGAAGGGGGGGAGGGGAACACCCUUCAAAGAAGGGCGUGCAGGGGUCGCCACGAGAGGCACCUACAGCAACUAUGCUAGCCUCAGCAGCAAGCAGAUGCUUCUCGAUCAGGUCAAUGGUGAGCUUGGUGGGGCAGAGAGCGAGAAAGGUGUCCCUAACUGCGCGAAGAGAUGUGAGAGAGAGAGAGAGAGAGAGAGUGAGAGAGAGAGAGAGAGAGAGAGAGAGAGAGAGAGAGAGAGAGAGAGAGAGAGAGAGAGAGAGGCACACGAGGGCGCACUAGGAGAGAGGCGCACAAGGGCGCGACGGUGA